AUGGCCUCUUCUCACGUUAUAAAUGACAUCGCAACCAGGGGGUUCGACGAUGCGAAGUCUUAUGAUACGCAUCGACCCUCUUACCCUCCUGCUGCUGUCACCAAUAUCCUUGGACGUCUUGGUCUCGAGGGCCAAUCAGGCGCCAGGAUCAUAGACCUCGCAGCUGGCACUGGCAAGUUCACCGAACUCCUGGCCGCCAGGCCAGAGGAAUACGAGAUCGUCGCUGUAGAGCCAUUGGAUUCGAUGAGGAACAAUCUCGCAGCCAAGCAGCUCCCCAAAGUGGACGUUCGACCUGACAACCAACCCGAGAGUUGGCCUUCUCCUACAGGCUGGGAGAAAGAGCUGUUGGAUCUCAACUUUAACGAAAAGGCGGACAAAGAGCCUCGUUUCCGACACCAGGUCUGGAAGCAGGUCUUUGAACGCCAGGCCAAGGCUGAAAAACCAUUCUUCUCCACGCCCAUAGAGACUGACAAGGUUCCAUGGUCGGUCUGGUUGACACCCGAGGCCUUGUGGGGCAGAUUCAAUACCCUCAGCUGGAACGCGCUUCGAGAAGGUGAGGAGCGCCGAGUCUUUAGAGAGAAGUACGACAAGAUUGUGAAAGAGGGUGGCGGCGAGGUUAACGACAAAGGCGAGAUUGAGCUUCAUGGAUGCACCUUUAUUGUCUGGAUAUCACGAUUGGAUGGUGCCUAG